AUUCUUGCAAAAUAAUUUGCUUUUCUUGCACUCACCUCUCUCAUGGCCCAGGUUUCUCAGCUACCUUGCGACGGCGAUGGCAUUUGCAUGCUUUGCCGGGCUAACCCUUCCGAUAUGGAGACCAUCACUUGCAAAACUUGCGUCACUCCUUGGCAUGUCGAUUGUCUCUCAAAUCCCCCUGAAACCCUAGCUUCUACUCUUCAAUGGGACUGUCCCGACUGUUCACCGGCUCCUGAAGAUACUUCCCUUCCUCCGCCGUACAAUUCUCCACUCCCAACUCUGCCUUCUAAUGACCUCAUUGCUGCGAUUCGAGCCAUUGAGGCCGAUUCUUCCCUUACUGACGGCGAGAAGGCAAAAAAACGCCAGGAGCUGCUUACUGGAAAGUCACGGUCCGACGAGAAUGAUCUUAAGAGAAAAGAGGGAGAUGAUAUUUUGGAUUUGUUUGAUGAGAGAUUGAACUGUUCUUUCUGUAUUCAGUUACCUGAUAGGCCAGUCACUACUCCAUGUGGCCACAAUUUCUGCUUAAAAUGUUUCCAGAAGUGGAUUGGACUAGGAAAGAACACUUGUGCAAAGUGCCGCUGCGUGAUUCCCACUAAAAUGGCUAGCCAGCCCCGCAUUAAUUCAACCCUUGUAGUGGCCAUUCGUAUGGCUAAAUUGUCGAAAUCAUUUGUUUCCGGAGGACCUCAGAAGGCUUAUCAUUAUGUCCACAAUCAAAAUAGACCAGAUAAAGCCUAUACCACUGACCGGGCACAAAAAAAAGGGAAAGCUAAUGCAGCAAGUGGAAAAAUAUUUGUUACAAUUCCAUCUGAUCAUUUUGGUCCUAUUCCUGCUGAAAAUGAUCCUGAGAGAAACCAGGGUGUUCUGGUUGGUGAAUGCUGGGAGGAUAGGCUAGAAUGUCGCCAAUGGGGUGCUCACUUCCCACAUAUUGCAGGUAUAGCGGGACAGUCAAAUAUUGGUGCCCAAUCAGUGGUUCUUUCUGGUGGCUACCAGGAUGAUGAAGAUCAUGGGGAGUGGUUCCUCUACACUGGAAGUGGGGGUCGAGACCUUAGUGGGAACAAACGUACAAGCAAGGAUCAGUCUUUUGACCAGAAAUUUGAAAAAUAUAACAAAGCGCUGCAAGUUAGUUGCUUGAAAGGUUAUCCUGUUCGGGUUGUUAGAUCUCACAAAGAAAAGCGUUCCUCAUAUGCUCCAGAGAAGGGACUGCGUUAUGAUGGAAUUUAUAGGAUUGAGAAGUGUUGGCGUAAAGUGGGAAUUCAGGGCUUUAAGGUAUGUCGGUAUUUAUUUGUUAGAUGCGACAAUGAUCCUGCUCCAUGGACAAGCGAUGAACAUGGAGAUCACCCUAGACCCUUACCAUCAAUUUCAGAGCUGAAAAAAGCAACAAAUAUUACGGAGAGGAAGGAAGGUCCAUCAUGGGACUUUGAUGAGAAAGAUAACCGAUGGAAGUGGAGCAGACCUCCCCCAACGAGCACAAAACCAGUUGAAACCGAAGAUUCUGCUUCUGGGAAGAGGUCAAGGAGAAAAAUUAGGCAAUCACACAACAUGAAUGUUCGAGAAAGGUUACUGAAAGGUUGGCUAAUUAUAUCGAGUAAAGUCGCUAAAAAAGGAUGGUUUGGUGGUGAACACGAGUUUAGCUGCCUUAUUUGUGGAGAGGUGAUGAGUCUGCCAAUUACUACGCCUUGUGCCCAUAACUUCUGCAAGUCAUGCUUGGAAGGUGCUUUUGUGGGCAAGACAUUCUUGAGAGAGAGAAGCAGUGGUGGACGGAGUCUUAGAUCUCGAAAGAAUGUCAUGACUUGUCCUUGUUGUCCGACAGAUAUAUCCGAUUUUCUACAGAAUCUUCAGGUGAAUAGAGAUUUGUUGGAUGUGAUUGAGUCGUUGAAAGGUAAGCUUGAAGAAGAAGGGGAUGAAUCUGAGAAGCUUUGUGAAGAAGAGAUAGAUAGGGAAGAGGAGAAUGAGGGAAAAGAUGAAGUGGAAAAAAGAAAGCAAGCAAAGGUGGUGGUUGAUGAUGGGGAGGAAAAACCUGUCAUUUGAUUCGAAGACGAUAUCAAAUGCCAUGUGGUUUACUUCUUUGAGAACUGACCUCGCUAGACGAAUAGAUACGUCUUUGUCAUAUUUUCUUUAAGAGAAGUUGUGUAAAUAGGCAAGUUGUAGUUGUAAUAGACAAUGAUGACAUCAUAGGUGGGUUAGAAUGUAGUUGUUUGUAGUACAAAGCCAUGGCAAUUGAAUGAUGGGUAGGUUGGAAUGUAAAUUCCAUUCCCAUUCCAACUGAUUGAUUUCUUCUCUAAAUUCUCUUAGGUUCUAAUUGUUGAACUUUAGAAAAGUGUCUAUUUAGUCUCUGGUUAAUUUGUCGUUA